AUGGCAAAAACUUUGGCACAAGGAAGGAAACCUGGAAGCGGCAGAAAGCCCGGUAAAGGAAAGACGUUAAGAGAGGGAAGAAAGCCCGGCAGUGGUAGGAGGAGGAGGCAGGAUAUUGGAGGUAAAGACGCUGAUAUUACUCUACAGGAUCAGGAAUCACGCCCCAUCAGUUCCAGAGACAUGGAAGCUGUGGACGCACUGAGGGAGUUGACGCAUAGCCCGUCUUCUCAUCCAGCUCACAAUUCAGCACCAGUUACCGCGGCGUUACCUCCGUCUAUGGAUUACACCCAUCAGUCAUUAAUGGAUCAACAGCUGCAACAGCAAAGGGUCGACGUGGUUCCUCCCAAGCCAUUCAUCACUCACAAGAUUCUGUUAUCUUCUACGGCGAACUCCGACGGGCACAUGCAUUCAAAUCCAAAUGGCAACCAUACCCUUAAUCAUAACGCAAACCUUAACAUCAACAACAACAUCAACAGCAACAGCAACAGCAACAGCAACAGCAACAACAACGUCAACGUGAACAUGAACUUUACUAUAAACGGGAAUAAUCAGGACCCGUCAUCUUCUUUUCUGAUGGGACCCUACAACUAUCUGCAACGGCCCUUCACUGUGAAACCAUAUCUUGAUUUGUCUACAAGCACAGCAUCAUCAAACCAGCCGCAGCCGCAACCGCAGGCAACCCAUAUCACCAAGAAUUCUGAAUCUACAGAGAAAAACACAACUAUAUGA